UCAAUUGCCGUUGCAUAUGUUGAGUCUAUGUGUCUCUGGCAAGGCGAAUAAUGUCGCCCGUUUGCCAGCUCAGCGCUAGCUUAGGGGUAACGUUAGCGACAUGUAAUACGGGCGAUCUGUCAUCACACAUUUGUUUGAACUCCCCUUGCUAAAUUAGGAUUUGCCGUGUGACACAGGCUGUUAGCGGUCGAGGGAGGUUCACUUAAUUAAAGCGUCGGUAUCUUCCAUUUGUUAUUCACGCUUUUCUUUCUUUGGUUACUGUAUUCGGUCUGACGCUUUGCUAAGUCACAUCCGUUGUUUGUCUGCCCGCCAGCGUUUGCAAAAUUGCAACCUGCUUGGACGUGCUGUUGUUCGCUUGUCAUCUCGGAUUUGAGCCAUAAAUGCAAAUGAGGAAAUUGAAGUGUACUGUUUGAAGCAGAAUACAGGGACUGUGAGUGGAUUAUCAGGCAGUCUCCUUAUGUCAGGCCGAAACGGGUCUGCAAGUGAUGCAGACUGCCGGAUCUCAGAGGACUGCCAUGUCCCAGAUGUGGAGCUAAUGGAGCUUGGGCCACUGCUGGAGGAGGGAGGCGUUCGCCAGCUGCCCUCCAAAGGUGCCCAUGCGGAGGGAGCAACCAUGCUUGCGGAUGAGGAGGAGGAAGAGGAUGAUGAGGUGGGCGAGGUUCUGACCUUACCACUCCAGGCACACCACGCCAUGGAAAAGAUGGAAGAGUUUGUACACAAAGUUUGGGAGGGGCGCUGGAGAGUCAUUCCCUUCCACGUCCUGCCUGAGUGGCUUAAGGACAACGAUUACCUCCUGCAUGGACAUCGCCCCCCCAUGCCUUCAUUCCGGGCCUGCUUUGGAAGCAUCUUCCGAAUUCACACUGAGACCGGAAACAUUUGGACUCACUUGUUAGGGCUGAUUUUAUUCCUAUGUCUGGGCACGCUAACCAUGUUACGGCCCAAUAUGUAUUUCAUGGCCCCGCUUCAAGAGAAAGUGGUGUUUGGGAUGUUCUUCCUGGGAGCUGUGCUCUGCCUCAGUUUCUCCUGGCUUUUUCAUACGGUCUACUGUCACUCCGAGAAAGUGUCUCGCACCUUCUCCAAGCUUGACUACUCAGGCAUCGCCCUCCUCAUCAUGGGAUCUUUCGUGCCGUGGCUGUAUUACUCGUUCUAUUGUUCUCCUCAGCCGCGACUUAUCUACCUCACCAUUGUUUGUGUUCUCGGCAUUGCCGCCAUCAUAGUGGCCCAAUGGGACCGGUUCUCCACACCUCGACACAGACCCACCAGAGCAGGUGUUUUUAUGGGUCUGGGACUUAGCGGCAUUGUUCCCACAAUGCACUUCACCAUCGAGGAGGGCUUCGUGAAGGCAACUACUGUUGGCCAGAUGGGUUGGUUCUACCUGAUGGGUGCCAUGUAUAUCACUGGAGCUGGUUUGUAUGCAGCCAGGAUCCCUGAACGCUAUUUUCCCGGCAAGUGUGACAUAUGGUUCCACUCCCAUCAGAUUUUUCACGUUCUGGUCGUGGCAGCAGCGUUUAUCCAUUUCUACGGCGUUUCUAACCUGCAGGAGUUCCGCUACGGCCUAGAGGGAGGAUGCACAGAUGACACUCUACUCUGAGAGGCCCAACUGUGACUUGUUUUCUUAAUAGCCCACGCAAACACAACAUGCACACAUAAAAACACAGUCCAAAUGCUGCUGGAAUUCCUUAUAGUUCUUUAUUGCUCGUUAUUUACUUACAUGUUUGCUCACAUGGUGUGAAGGCUCUGGUGAGUUUUGUUUUCUGCUUUGGCUCCUUUUUUUUUUUCUUCUCCAAUUAAGUAGCAUUCACUAGCCAACGAGCUCUGGAGGGAAUCGUCAACACUCACUAUUUUAUCAAUAAUGAAACUUGAAAUUUGUAUCUAAAGUAACACCAUUUCAUGAAAACUGUACCUCCCUCUAACUCACAGGUGUCAAACUCAAGGCCGGGGGCCAGAUCUGGCCCGUCACGUGAUCUUAUGUGGCCCGCGAAGGCAAAUCAUGUAUGUGGAAAUCAGUACAAAAAUUUCAAAUUGUCAUUUAAAUAACUUUGAAAUAUGACAACCAUUUUUGUGUUACCAAACAUGAACACGAGUUAGAAAAUCUUAUUACUCUUGAUUUAUGAUUCCAAAACUAGUUCAUAAAUUUUGUGUCGAAAUAUGAUGACACGAUGAAAGAUUUUUAUGGUGUCACAGUCAUAACGGCCCUCUGGGGGAAACUGUAACUACAAUGUGGCCUACGACAAAAAAUGAGUUUGACACCCCUGCUCUAACUGAUGGUCACUAACCUUUUGGUCUCAGUCUGUCUGCAUGUGACAAAGGGUAAGAAUAUUAAUAAGAGUGCUGUAGCAGUGGGAACACAUUGUAAACUAAUCAUUCUAUCCCACUUUUUUUUUUUUUUUGUCUGUCCAGGGUUGGGGAUGAAUGUACAGUCAGUUAUUUAGGUGCAGAAAAACAAUCCAGGUCAUUGUAGAUCCAAAGGGGCCUCUAUGUGUUUGUUAUAUGAAAUGUUACAUAAGGUAUGUAAGGAUCUUGCCCGAUGUGGACUCUGCUAACAAAUAUUGUUCAAUUGUUGGUUGAAAUGAGGGAUACUUCCACAAAGCGUUUCAGGCUCUGAAAGCUUAGGUCAUGCACCAAACGCUUACCUAGAGUACCGUAGUCUGGAAAGAAAAUCUGUUUAAGUGCUAUCAUCAUGGACUUUCAUAGAUAUUGAAUAUUUUCGUGGCAUAUGAACCUACAAAUGUUAAUGCUGCCAUUUCCUUGGAUUAUAUAUAUAUUUUUAAGGUUGACUUUCAUUUGAUACUGUACAUUCCAUCAUCUGAGAAAAGGUCCUAAACUUACUUGUUUCACAUGACAGAAAGGAUUUGCAGCAGUUGUGUACAAACAACGACUUGAUGAAAGCGACGAAAUUUCAAGAAAUUCCCUGCCGAUAUGUUCCAGACAAUACAUCCUGUUUUUUUUCUAAUGUGUCGAUGUAGGUCCCAGGCUACGCACAAUGUACAGAUCUGGAGGGGUCAAACUGUGUUUUUAUCAGUUGCAAGCUUCCUUUUGUGCAAGAUUUCAGGUGCACUCCGAGGUGUGAAUAGCAAAUGCACCGUCUAUUGUUAAAUUGAAGACUUUUAAUGAACAGAUGGGGUUUAAAAUGUUACGUAUGAUUGGUACAAAACUCUACUAUUCCUGUGCCUUAGGCCAAUGGAAAUGUUUUAAAUAAAAUGGCCUAUCUGAAUUGUCAAGGGUUCCGCAAUGAUUUCCAGAUGUAGACUCAUCUUGUUUUCCUUGCCAUAUACAAUCAAAUCAUUAUUGAACUACAACCACAUGGACAGGUUUUAUCAACUGCUGUUUAAGACUACUUUUCUAGAUCAACUUAUUCAAGCUUUAUUACAAACUAAAAUAAUGUGUAUUCUUGACUUUGUGUUAUGUCCUGUGUAGAAAGUGAGAAAUCAUACAUUUCAUUGAAAUGUAGACAUAACUAUUUAUUAAUUGUAAUCUUGGGAAAAAUACUGUAAUAAAUUUUUUUUUUCCACA